AAACCAUGGAGACUGAAUUUCUCAGUGUAAACAAUCUUACGCACUGAAAAUUGCUAAGGAAAUGUUAAUUUUCUUGUGUUGCUUAAAUGCCUGAUGUUCUCCUGACAGAAUAAUCUUCUGAUAUGAAACUUGGCCCAAAUUUGCUGCAGAACUUCACUAACUGCAAAUGAUUCACCGCUCUUAUCGACUAUUUUCUAUCCUUUGGCCCGUUCUUUCACUUGGUAUUCGAAGAAGUGAACUUUCCUUUCAGAUUUUUGAUUGGUAACGGUAUUGAUUAGAUCCGUCAUUUUGACAGGCCAAUGGUGACAAUGCUCUCAGCCUUCUAAGCUACACAACAAAUCUGGAAGACUUUCAGGAUGCAGAUAUAGUUAUCGAGGCCAUCGUGGAAUCCGAAGACGUGAAGAAGAACUUGUUCCGGCAACUGGACCGGAUCGUCAAACCUUCUGGCAUCUUGGCUUCAAACACGAGCUCCAUAUCCAUCACUCGGAUUGCAUCUGCAACUAGCAGACCUCCCCAGGUGAUUGGAAUGCACUUUAUGAACCCUCCUCCUAUAAUGAAGCUAGUUGAGAUAGUGCGGGGGGCAGACACAUCGGAUGAGACGUUUCUUGCAACCAAGGCCUUGGCAGAAAGAUUCAAGAAGACAGUGAUAUGCUCCCAGGACUUUGCAGGCUUCAUAGUGAACAGAAUCCUGAUGCCGAUGAUCAACGAAGCAUUCCACACUCUCUACACAGGAGUGGCGACGAAGGAGGACAUCGACGCAGGGAUGAAGCUAGGGACGAACCAUCCAAUGGGCCCACUGGAGCUUGCUGACUUCAUCGGACUAGACGUCUGCCUGUCGAUCAUGAAGGUUCUUCACGCCGGCUAAACAAGCACAACCGUCUGCACGGCUUUGAACUGAUCGAAGUCUGGCAUGUUGGAGGGAAGAGAGAAGCGUUUCCUAAGUAAGAGACAAUGAUGGAGCUGCUUCUCCAUCAUCGUGUGAAGACUUGUUAGAAAUCAUAAUGUAGGUCAUUAAUAAAGGGUAGCGUUUGCGUUAGAAAAGGUUUAGAAUCCAUCCCUGAACAUGGGUGAGAGCCAAGACACUUGUUUAUCGUCACUAGUUAGUAGUUACUCUUUUGCUUACGUUAGUAAAGUCUUGAGACAGAUUUGGGAUUUGCUCGUGCAACCAAAGCUCAAAUUCUUCCUUUGGCAAAUGUUAAAUCGAAUAUUACCUUUGCCAUCCAAUUCUCAUCUGUCACACCCACCUACCUAUGGUCCAAUGCCAUUCACGUUUUCUUCCUUCCAUGUUUUGCUUUUUUUUCUUUUUCCUUCAAUUGCUGGGGCCGCUGCUUCACAUGCAGGAGGGCCCAACACCUUUUUCAGUGUUGGAGCAUUGAAGAAAUUGGAGCUUUAGACUGUGGAGAGAAUGGAACGUUGAAGGUUAGGGGUUUGGUCUCUGCUGGGUUGCUUUGAGAGAAUGAGUAAAAUGAAGAGAACUACUGAUUAGUGUUUCUACCUCAGUUAGAAACACUGAUGUGGGUCUUCUUGUCCAGUUAGAAAGAAAGCUAGAAGCUUUUUCGAGUAGGGAAUCGACUGAGCGAGAGCAAAACAAUGGCGGAGAUCAAGGUGGUUGGAGUAGUGGGUUGCGGCCAAAUGGGCACAGGCAUUGCUCAACUCGCCGCCGUCCAUGGCCUCAACGUAUGGCUACACGGUAGGAAUCCCGAAGCUCUGUCCAGGGCCAAAACCUUCAUCUCCGGCAACGUUCGCCGCAUGAUCUCCAAAGGCCGUAUCUCUCAGGCAAAAGGUGACAAUGCUCUCAGCCUUCUAAGCUACACCACGAAUCUGGAAGACUUUCAGGGUGCGGAUAUAGUUAUCGAGGCCAUCAUGGAAUCAGAAGUCGCGAAGAAGAACUUGCUCCAGCAACUGGACCGGAUCAUCAAACCUUCUGGCAUCUUGGCUUCAAACACGAGCGCCAUCUCCAUCACUCGGCUUGCAUCUGCAACUAGCAGACCUCGCCAGGUGAUUGGAAUGCAUUUUGCGUAUCCUCCUCCUGUAAUGAAGAUGGUUGAGAUAGUGCGGGGAGCAGACACAUCGGAUGAGACACUUCUUGCAACCAAGGCCUUGGCAGAAAGAUUCAAGAAGACAGUGAUCUGCUCCCAGGACUUUGCAGGCUUCAUAGUGAACAGAAUCCUGAUGCCAAUGAUCAACGAAGCAUUCCACGCUCUCUACACAGGAGUGGCGACGAAGGAGGACAUCGACGCAGGGAUGAAGCUAGGGACGAACCAUCCAAUGGGCCCACUGGAGCUCGCUGACUUCAUCGGACUAGACGUCUGCCUGUCAGUCAUGAAGAUUCUUCACGCCGGGUUAGGUGACACCAAAUACCUACCUUGCCCUCUUCUCAUACAAUACAUUGACGCAGGAAGGCUCGGUCGAAAGCAUGGGAUCGGAGUCUACGACUAUCGCGAUGCAGCUAAACAAGCACAACCAUCUGCACGGCUGUGAACUGAAAUCUGAACUGCUUCGUCAUCGUGUGAACUGUGAAGACUUGUUAGUACUUAGAAGUGAUAAAGUGAGCCACUAAUAAAGGGUAGUGUUUGCGCUAGAAAGGUUUAGAAUUCAUCCCUGAACAUGGAUGUUUGUUUAAGAUGUUGAUAUAGUCUAUAAAAUUAAUUUGCAUAUUUUUAUUUGUUAUUGUAAUGGGAAUUAUAUAAUUGUCAUUAGGAUAGCAUGGGUAAGUAAAAUGUGACCUUUCAUGCAAGGUAAUUGCUUCAUCUUUAUUUCCAGAGAAUCAUUAACAAGACAAACCUGGGGAAAGGAGUUAAAGACUAGACAGAGACUUCCUUAAACCUUCAGAAUUGGGAUUC